UGGAAACUGGAAACGGCGCGUUUUAGAUGCUGGGAAAGGAAAACGCGACGAGAGACAUGAAAUCAAUCGUGAGUUGACGACAACUGCCUCCUAGCACCGUCGUCAUCGGCGGAAGAAACACCAGGAAACGGCGAUCCCCGGCGGUUACUCUCACCGCGCCAUCGUUAAUCAGAUAAAUGUGGAUUGAUAGAACACGAAGAAGAAGAAGAAGCAAAGAGUUAUGAGCCAGCCAACGGUGAUUCUCGCCACCGCCAGUUAUGAUCACACCAUUCGAUUUUGGGAGGCCAAGAGUGGCCGCUGCUACCGCACCAUCCAAUACCCUGAUUCACAAGUAAACCGGUUGGAGAUAACCCCGGAUAAACGCUACCUGGCUGCAGCUGGUAAUCCUCACAUACGGUUGUUUGAUAUUAACUCAAGUAGUCCUCAGCCGGUAAUGAGCUAUGAUUCACAUACCAGUAAUGUGAUGGCAGUUGGGUUUCAAUGUGAUGGUAACUGGAUGUAUUCUGGUUCAGAGGAUGGCACGGUUAAGAUCUGGGAUUUGAGGGCGCCAGGUUGUCAAAGGGAAUAUGAAAGUCGCGCAGCAGUUAACACUGUUGUGCUACACCCAAAUCAGACUGAACUCAUAUCGGGUGAUCAAAAUGGCAAUAUUCGUGUGUGGGAUUUGACAGCAAAUUCCUGCAGUUGUGAGUUGGUGCCAGAGGUGGAUACAGCUGUACGCUCUUUAACAGUAAUGUGGGAUGGGAGCUUGGUAGUUGCAGCAAAUAAUAAUGGGACAUGUUAUGUGUGGCGCCUGUUGCGAGGAACUCAGACAAUGACAAACUUUGAGCCGCUUCACAAACUGCAAGCACACAACAGCUACAUCCUCAAAUGUCUUUUAUCACCUGAAUUCUGUGAACCCCACAGGUAUUUGGCAACUGCAUCUGCUGAUCAUACUGUCAAGAUAUGGAAUGUUGAUGGUUUUACAUUAGACAAGACUUUGAUAGGUCACCAACGCUGGGUAUGGGACUGUGUCUUCUCAGUGGACGGUGCCUACCUUAUUACAGCUUCCUCUGAUACAACUGCUAGGCUUUGGUCUAUGUCAACUGGUGAAGAUAUUAAGGUUUACCAAGGGCAUCAUAAAGCUACAACUUGUUGUGCCCUACACGAUGGGGCUGAACCAGCUAGUUCCUGACCUAAUCAUCACAGAUUUAUUUUCUCGAUCAGACUUGUGUUGUAAAUAAUCUACCUGUUUAGUGUGAAGUUAAUUGUAGUUCUUUGACCGUGUACACAUUUAAGCUCUGUUUGUAAGACUUUAUUUGAGUUUAAUUUAUAGCAUAAUUGCUAUGCAAACAUAAGUUUCAUAAGCUGAUCAGAUUAGUUGACUUUGCA